AUGACCUAUGCUUUCCCCCCGGGGCCCGGACACCACGCCGGUGUCUCUGGACUUGAGGCGAAUCCCACAGACCAACAUUCCAUUGCUACAGUGCCUCCCCCCCCCCUCUUCGCCCGCCUACAGUAUCUCGCGUUCUACAUCGCCGGCACGGGCGCGUCGCCGCCGCCGCCGCCGCCAGAAGUGGGGCGAUUUCACCGUCAAGCCUUCCCGGUGCGAGCCGAGGGCGUCCUCGCGCCACCCCGACGCAGACAGAAGGCUAUUCCCUGCACACCUCUACCCUUUGACAGAAUCCCACAGACCAACAUUCCAUUGCUACAGUGCCUCCCCCCCCUCUUCGCCCGCCUACAGUAUCUCGCGUUCUACAUCGCCGGCACGGGCGCGUCGCCGCCGCCGCCGCCGCCGCCGCCGCCAGAAGUGGGGCGAUUUCACCGUCAAGCCUUCCCGGUGCGAGCCGAGGGCGUCCUCGCGCCACCCCGACGCAGAGGUCUUCCCCUGAAAGGGUCUUCCCCUGAGUUCCACAACAAGCCCCCAGGACCCACCUGUGUAAACGCGCCAACGGAUACAGUCCCAUCAGCGAGCCUGCGCCGCCGGCCCAAACAACCGGCGGCCGUAAACUUUAAUGCCAGUUGA